AUGCCUUGCAAUAACUAUUUGAAGUUUUCCCACUCAACAAAAAACUGCACAGAAACAACGAAAUGGAACAAAUGUUCUGAAGCGCAUUCCACGAACAAGUGUCCAACUACGCUACCCCCAAAAUGCAGUGGAUGUGGCUCAGAAGAUCAUCAAGCUUGGUCAUUUAAAUGUCCUAAAAGACCAACAAAACCAAUAACAAGAAUUCCCAACUUACCAGUAAAAACAUUAAAUAACAAAUCUGACCAAAUUAAGGACAAUAUGAAAAUGAGCAGAAUCCACUCCCCAAUAACACUUCACGACAUAAUAAUAAAUUCUUAUGUACAAAAGCUAAACAAACCCAAAAACAUAAACAGAGAGGAGUUAAUAGAAAGGCUACGAAAAAGAUUCAUGGCGGAUUACAGAAUAGAUACCACUGUAACAUUUGUGGGAAACAACUGGAUUUACAUCUUGAUGUUCGACAUGGAACUAGACAACUUCGAAUCUCACACUGAAACUAUACCAGGAUCGCAAGUAGCUCACAUUCAACAACGAAAUUAA